UAAUGUCCAACAGGACAACUCUUCAUUUUGCAAGAUUUUUUAGCAUCCUUGCUCAGGCCUAGUAAAUGUCAGCACACCUCACCCCUGGCCAAUUAUUGUGACAACAGAAACUUCUCUGAGGUUUUUCUGAGGAGACCUUCUUUGGUACCAUCUCCAUUGAGAACCACUGCAUUAUGAGAACAUGAAUAAGCACUGUAUUGGAGAAGAGGGAUCCUUGCUUAUGGAGUAUUUGGCUCACCCUGGUACACUCAGCUUGGCUGCUGGAGUUGUUUGUGGCAUGUGCCUGGGCUGGAGCCUCGGAGUACGUUUUGGGAUGUUCCCCAAAAGACUGACAAGUGAGAUAGACACAGAGACUGGAACUGAAGCAAGCAUCUUGGGAGAGAGUGGAGAGUACAAAAUGAUUCUUGUGGUUCGAAAUGACUUGAAGAUGGGAAAAGGAAAAGUGGCUGCCCAGUGUGCUCAUGCUGCAGUUUCUGCCUAUAAGCAAAUUCAAAGGAGAAACCCUGAAGUGCUAAAACAGUGGGAAUACUGUGGCCAGCCCAAAGUAGUGGUCAAAGCCCCUGAUGAAGAAACCUUGGUUGAAUUAUUGACCCAUGCGAAAAUGCUGGGACUGACUGUAAGUUUAAUCCAAGAUGCUGGACGUACACAGAUUGCACCAGGCUCUCGAACUGUCCUAGGAAUUGGGCCAGGACCAGCAGAUGUAAUUGACAAAGUCACUGGUCACCUAAAACUUUACUAGGUGGACUUUUGUUUGAUGACAGUGAUCCCUUUAUCACGUUUGAAACAUGUCAAAUUCUAACAAUAAAAGCUGAAGUUCCCCCCCACAAUUUAAAUAUUCUUGAGAUGAAAAUAAAAUCUGUUCACAUGUUCUUCUAUCAC